AUGGCCAAAGGACGGAUUGAUGCGGAGGGCACAGUGGCCGAUGAUAAGAUGCGUGGCCCAGAAAUGGGAGACGGAGGGCAGCAGGGUGAGCGACUACCUGCAGCGGAUCUCCGACGAUCAGAUGACGCUGUGGUGCAAACGAUAGUACAAGGGCCAGCAGAGCUUGUGGGGCAUAGGAAGACGGAUAGGCUUGCGGAGAGGGCGGCGGGGCUGAAAAAAUACGACGAGGACAGAAAGAGGUUAGAGGCGGAGGAGCAGCGCAAACGGACCGAAUUCGAACGCCGCAAACGAGAACGGGAAGCCGCUAGGAGGGCAUGUGACGAGCAAUUGGCUAGUCUACAGGCCGGCGUAGAGGACGCAAUGGUUCUCGAUGAUCAGGCAAAAGGCGUGGGAGACGAGGCGGCGGGGAAUGCAGAGCAUAUUGUGCGCCUGGGAAGGGUGGUGCUUGUGGCGUGUGAAAAGGCGGCCGGAAAACAAGAUCUAGUAUCAUCAACAUCGGAGGAACAAGAGGGUGGUGGGGAUCUAAUCCAGGACGGGAAAGAAGGGGCGUCUGGAUCAAUGGCAAAGAGGCAGCAUGUUGAGGGGGAUAAAGCAGCAGAUCAGAAGGGCAUCUGUGAAGGUGCCUUGGAGGAGCGUGUAGAGGGAUCGCCUAUUGCGAAAGCGCUCAGGAAUGAGGACAUCAAGGUAUUAGAGAGCGAGAUAAAGGGGGUGAAGAUUAAAAAGCCACAGGACCAGUUAGCGGCGGAGGUGGAUAGUCUGGAGCAGACUGUGGGAGGGAGAAAGCGGUUUCUGGGACAGCACAACCAGGUAUGGGAUCGGAAUCUUACCGUGGCGAUUGGUUGGAAGGUAUACUUCCCGGACGUCGACCUCGCGGCAUACGGGAUGAAUCCCCUGCGCUUCAAGCUGUGGGAGAAUGACUUGCUGUUUACGGUCGAUAUGCCAACAGGCGUGUGGAGCACGAUCAACGAGCUCCACCUUGACAAACCCGAAAACUUCGUCAUCGUGCGUGAAGAGACGGCCGAGAGGAUGAAUGAGGGGGAUAGCUACAAGACAGCGCUAUGCGCGGGGGUCGCGCGCACUGCACUUCUUAAGGACGUGGGCGGUGUUACCGGUGACGAGGGCCACUCUGUCCUGGAACAUGCGGUUGGGCUGGCGGCAACCAUGUCGGUGAUGUGGGAUGCCUCCACCCAAAAGGAGAGUACCAACUGGCAGACCAAUGCUACAACUGCAGCACUAGCAACACACCUAGACCGUAAAAUCGCCGCAAGAGCAGCAGAAGUGGCAUCCGUCGCGGUAGAGUCGCUAAGGGCUGUCAACGGGAGGGUGUUAGACAAGGAAAGUUGGUUCCCUGUUCUUGCAGGCGCUCUUCUCGACAAGCUGCCUCCCGACUCUCGCGUCGAAGCGACAAAGACUAUGACCAGAGUUGUGGCCAAAGGGAUUACGUAUUGGUGCCAAUGCAGCAUGGCUGCAAAGGGCCUGCAAGCAUGGCACGGUGUUUCGAUUGGGAUUAUCAUGGCGAAACGGGGCGCGCGUGAGAACACGAGUGCAGUCUGUGCGGAGAAGGCGUGA